CUCCCUCUGUCCUGCCCCGCUGUGUGUGUGUGGACGCGGACAGGACACGGCUGGGCUGGGCUGGGCUCGGUGCGGGGAGAGACCGGGCAGCGGCCGCUGGAUGGGGAGCGGGCGGACUAUGGACGGCGGCAGCCUGUACGACACCUCGUCCCUGCUCCACUUCUGCACCGAUGACAGUGCCUCGGCUGCCGGCAGCAUGGAGGUGACGGAUCGCAUCGCCUCCCUCGAGCAGCGCGUCCAGAUGCAGGAGGAUGAGAUCCAGCUGCUGAAGUCGGCCCUGGCAGAUGUGGUCCGCCGCCUCAACGUGUCCGAGGAGCAGCACGCCAUGCUGAACAGGAAAGGCCCCACCAAAGAUCAGGCAGCAUCUAGACGAACAAAGGCAGAUAAACAGGGCAGAAAUAGCAACGCAGCGAGACCCUUAGUGCCAGCACUGCCACUACGACCCACAAUUAACAAUGGAACUAUUCUACCAAAGAAACCGAGCGGCUCACUGCCAUCUCCAACCGGAACCAGGAAGGAUAUAUCUACAGCUACCAAAAGCAGUCAAGGGUGUCUGACUAGUUUAUCUAAACUGAGUAAAACUACUAAAAGCACUGUGAAGAGAAGCAACUCAUCAGAACGCAUGUGCUCAGCGGCCCGACGAGAGAGCUUCGGAGAGUCGAAGAGCAACAGGACCCGCACUGGGUCGACCAGCAGUGGUUCCAGCGGCAAAAAGACCAGCGAGGGAAAAUCCAAGGACCCUCUCUAUAAUGCAGGGAAGCGCCGUGUGAUACACUGUAAAGAGGAAGGAUAUGUCAAGAUGUUUCUGCGCGGGCGGCCUGUCACCAUGUACAUGCCCCAGGAGCUGAGGGACACCUACAGUCUGGAGGACAAAGCUGAACUACCCACCAAAAAGUUGAAGCUGGACUGGGUUUAUGGCUAUCGAGGGCGAGACUGCCGCUGCAACCUGUACCUACUGCCGACGGGGGAGAUAGUGUAUUUCAUUGCGUCUGUGGUGGUUCUCUACAAUGUGGAGGAACAGCUACAGAGGCAUUACACUGGCCACAAUGAUGACGUCAAGUGCCUUGCUGUUCACCCUGACAGGAUCACCAUAGCAACCGGACAGGUCACGGGGAUAACCAAGGAUGGAAAUCAAGCAGCUCCUCAUGUGCGGAUCUGGGACUCGGUCAGCUUGAACACGCUGCACACAAUUGGAACAGGGUUUUUCGAUCGUUCAGUGAGCUGCAUUGCCUUCUCUAAAUCGAACGGAGGUUCCACACUGUGCGCGGUGGAUGAUUCCAAUGAUCAUGUGCUCUCCGUAUGGGACUGGCAAAAAGUGGAGAGACUCGGUGAUAUUAAGUGUUCAAACGAGCCAAUCUUUGCAGCAGACUUCCAUCCAACAGAGACAAACAUCAUCGUCACAUGUGGGAAAUCCCACAUCUACUUCUGGACACUGGAAGGAGGCUCGUUCACAAAGAAACAAGGGCUGUUUGAGAAACACGAGAAACCAAAGUUUGUUCUGUGCUCGACGUUUGCUGAGAAUGGUGACAGUAUUACUGGGGAUUCAAGUGGAAAUAUUCUCAUCUGGGGAAAAGGUACCAGCCGCAUCAGCUAUGCCAUUGCGGGGGCCCACGAAGGGGGGAUAUUUGCCGUCUGCAUGCUACGUAAUGGCACACUGGUAACUGGGGGCGGGAAGGACCGCAAGCUGAUCUCCUGGGAUCGCAACUAUCAUAAGAUGCAGGAAACUGAGGUUCCUGAGCAGUUUGGACCAGUGAGAACGGUAGCUGAAGGAAGGGGAGACGUGUUACUGGUUGGCACAACGAGGAAUUUCAUCCUACAAUGCACUUUAUCAGGAGAC